UGUAGAUCGUAAAUCUGAUAAUUGUGUGAGCAGUUCUACUCUCUUCGUGUUAAUUCAGACAGUCCUGAAAGAUCUAGGGUGGUGCGCUGCCAGUCCCCAGAUAAGAGUAGCAUCAAACCGUUCAGUUGCAGUGCUCUUUGUCGUCUGUACUGGGUCUACAACAAUAAUAAUUAUCCCUCGCCCUUUAUUUUUCCUGGGAGUUGAAAUAUUUGCUGCUGAUCAGGUCAUUCAUAUCAGCAGCACGACGCGAACGUCCUGGAAAUUUUGAUAGAAAAUGUCUCGAGCGCGGCAUGAAGGGGUCACAUGCGACGUGUGCAAUGUACACAAUUUCGCAGGAAAGCGCUACAAGUGUUUGAUCUGCUACGAUUACGACUUAUGUGCCACGUGUUACGAUGGUGGCCUAGCGUCUGGAAAUCAUACCAAGGAUCAUGCUGUGCAGUGCAUUCUGACAAAAACUGAUUUUGAUAUUCAUUUUGCUGGUGAGAAUCUCUCCUAUCAGAAGUCGCACACUUUCACAUGUCCCAUUUGUGCCUCGAUGGGCUUCACCGUCAGUCGCUUGCGUGAACACGUGAUCACUGAGCAUGGUCGCUCUCAUAGAGACGUGAUCUGCCCUGUGUGUGCCACCACGCCGGGGUAUGGGACGAAUACCAUGAUCCACGCGCUUGCUAAUCACCUGGGCUCUCACCUGGGCGAUCAAGCUUCUGCACCCGGCAGGUCUAACAGCACGGAGGAGCGAAUUGCCAACAUUCGCAGACAUUUAUCUCCUUCGCAGGACUAUCAAGCUGGUAGUGGUACUGGUGGCAGCGGUGGCAACUCCUCUGCUGGUGGACCACGGCGGCGCACGUCCUGUGCAUCCUCUAGCAACAACGGUAGCACGCCGAGUGAGUCCAGGAACGGCUCGGACUCACUGCGAGCGGCGUGGAUGCCGAGCGCCUCGAGGCCGAGCUCUUCAGCGCACUCCUCCUCGGCUGCUGCAACAUCAACGCCGAGCUCCUGGGCAUCUGGUCGGCCUGAUCUGGACCUGGAUUAUGGCGACUACUUGUCAUUACAUGAUUCCAUCUUGCAGGGCGCUCAUUCGGACCGAUUACGCGAGCGCCUGGCGGCAGAAGCACGCCAUGCUGACCCCAGUGGUCCGCUGUACAGGUAUCUGUCGAAUCCACGCUUUGCCGGUUCUGGACUUCGUGCCGCUGCCGCUGCUGCAUCUUCAAGUACUGCUGGUGCUGCUGGUGGUAGUGGGCAGCAGCAGCAACAGCACCAACAGCAACAACAGCAGCUGUUGGUGCAGCAACAGCAGCAUCGGGGAUCUUCAGUCCAGUUCCCUUCCAAUAGCUGGGAGUGCCUGAUGAACACCCCAGCGCCGACUGGUGAAUUCAUCUUGCCAGGGCUCCUGGAUGAUGAAUCGCUGCUGAACUCGUCUGAUAGUGACUUGCAAGCUGGAACCAGUGAGGAUCGGGCUGGGUUCGGCGCCGAUCUCUUGCUGUCCCUUCUUGAUGUCAGACUCGAGGAGAGCCUUUUAGAACACAUUGAGGGAUUUUCCUCUGACUCCGAGCCAGAGCCAUCAGUGGAGACAGAUGUAUGAUGAUCAGCUGACGUUAUGUGUAUAAUGCUGUGCUAUUGGCCAGGUAUGUCUGCCUGCUCCCCACCAACUGUGGGGCAUUUUUUUGAAUGCUGUCUCGUUUGUACGUUGCCUGUAUAUCUUGUCUAUAUUUUUUUAUUAUUCGCUUUACCUACCUCCUGUCUUGUGUCUAUUUUCAUGCACACUGCAUCUUCAUAGAAAGCGUGCCAAGCUCACUGGCUAUUUUUUUAAGCGUGUUUUAUCUCUUGUGCGUCAGGCGUAUUCUGGUCAUGGAACUGGCCCCAAAUCUGCCGGUUCUGUUUCAUUUCAGCACUAACCCUCUUGGAGGGUACUAUUUAUGUCAGGCCAGAGGACGUUUUGCCAUGUCUUGUUGCCUGUUUGAUGCUGGGCUUUUUCUCCUGUCUAUUUCUUGUCCGAUUCGCGGACGCUGGUGAUCUUGUCAUGUAUUUUGUUGUGUUUGAUGUGUGGUGCUCCUUCGUUCACAUUCCCGAUCUUAUUCCCUUGCACCAUUGGACAUGUGCCCAAUCUCGAGUAUUGGCCAUUGUGCUAUACGCUUGUUCUCUUUUUUUAUUCGUCUUUUAUCUCCUUUUUAAAAGUACUAUAUUAGCUGUUAUCAUCGACUGAACCCUAGCUCUUACUAUGGACUUGUGGGGACAGUGCAUCCCCCUGCAGGUGAUACAUGUAUUGCAGUUUUACCCGUUUUCCCUUGCCCUGCUUUUGGUCCUGCUCAUGUCUCGUCGUGAAAUGAUUUUUUGUUGCUGCUGUUGCCGUUCCGGCUUCGUUCCGGCUUUUUUGUGUCCUUUUUCCUGGAUCGUGCUUGUGUCAUUGACACUAUUAAACAUAAGUCAUUUUUUUAUGACUGUGUUGAGGUAGUUGAUGCCGAAUCGUCCGUUUUUUUAGUCGCCGUCCGUGUGUUUUGGCUAUGACUGCAACUUGCCAGCACCUGUAUUUUGUGUUUUUGAUGUUGCGUUACCUUUCUCUCUAUAUUGGUUCUCUAUUCUCGCUGGCUUUUCUACUCACUAGUAAUAUCUACACUUACAUUAUAAUAAAAUAGAGUCAUUACCUGUC